AUGACUGCCAGCCAGCAUGAGCGAGAACCCCAAUGCGUGGGAAAUGGCGACGGGAGUUGUCUCGGAAGGAAGCUCCAUAUCGACACUGCUUUGGCGCAGACCCACGUCGCAACGACCGACCUCGACCGCAUCUCUCCCGCGUCCUCCCAUCCGAGAUCUCCAGCCACUUCAGUAUCCUCAAAGGCUUCCUCCGCCGCGCCUAUACGACCAAUCCAUCCAGACCAUAUGCUCGGGGGAGGAUUCGGCGGCACAAACUGGGAUACCGCCCCAGAGUCUUCUGGCCGGCACAAACCUAUACCAAUGCCGCUGCCCUACCUGCCAUUGCGUAAGCAAUCUACGCAACGUCUACGGCAGAAACACUCGCCAUUAAAUGAAGGCCGUUUUCCAAAGGCAGAGCAAUCAUCACCGAAGCUGCCUCUGGCCGGCGGUUUAGUGUCGGAGAGAGCUGCAAUAGCCCUCAACGAUUCGGAGGGCGUUACAAAUAGCGCACUUCCAAAACCUGCGUUGCCUGCGCAUGAGAACGCGGACUCACCGACUAGGUUUCCCCCAAGGAAGUCAUCACUCCAUAGAGAGCGGGGUGCAAGUCUCUCUUCACACGACAGCUCCGCAGAACAGCAGCCGUCAUUACCAUUGAGGGCGGCCAUAUCUAUACCAGAUCUUAGCAGCACGAGAUCGAAGAAGGAACAUGGCGAGCCUACUCCGAACCAUCCCGACCGAGCCACUUGUCCAGGGGAUACCUCGCGCUCACCGCUAGAGUGGCAUCCUCUGCCUCCACUAGAGGCACCUCCUGAUGAAGUACGCGCAAGUAUACGAUCCGCAGAGACGUACGGGUCCUCCGGCUUCAUAGAUGCCAGUGAAACCGAGCGCAGCAGUGUCGUGACGAGUCACAGCUUCAACGAAGACCUUUGCGGCGGCUUCACUCAUUACGAGGGAUCGGAUAGCGAAGGCAUGAGCGUCGAAGACGCCAUUGGCAUGUAUGCCGACGGCUUUGGUGACGACGAUAAUGAUCAGCCUGUCGACAAGGUCCGCGCACCAAGCGACGAAGGUUACUUUUCCCAAAUUCACCUUUCGAGCGGAGCCGACGCGGAGACUCCCCUUGCGGAGCCACGCGGGCGCUCAACGAGCCGUAUGGAAAGCGGGUGCUUCAAAGCUGAUACCCUUCCGAAAGAAGAUGCACGCCAGGUGAUACCGCAAUGCGUCCGAAACUCUACGGAGACAAUCUCAAAGCAUCGUACAUCGACUACCCCCAAUCUUGUAAAAACCGCUGGGCCGGUGCCUAGAGACCGCUACGGAUUCAAGAAGAUCACCACGUACAUUACGGAAGAGCAUUACGACGCAUGGAACGGGCCAUACACAGAUUACCUAGGAAGACGGCGGAAGAAAUGGGAGCAGCUCAUGAAGCAACACCAUCUGCCGACUGAGAACCCCACAAAGUUCCCACCAAAAUCGGACAAAAUCAAGCGCUACAUCCGCAAAGGCAUACCGCCGGAGUGGCGCGGUGCUGCGUGGUUCUGGUAUGCCGGAGGUCCUGCUCGACUGGCUAGAAAUGAGGGCUUGUACUGGGAGCUCAUCGAACAGGUCACCCAAGGCAAGCUCAAAGACCAGGAUGGAGAGCAUAUCGAACGUGACCUCCACCGAUCUUUCCCAGACAACAUUCGGUUCAAACCAGAUCCCGUCUCCGCCCGCGACUCCGCAGUAACCGGAGUCGAUUCGCAUCAUUCGUCGUUCGAGCCAGAAACAGCAAUACUCCGCUCGCUCCGCCGUGUCCUGCAGGCAUUCGCCAUCCAUAAUCCCCACAUCGGCUAUUGUCAGUCUCUGAACUUCCUUGCCGGCCUGCUACUCAUCUUCCUCGACGAAGACGAGGAGAAAGCCUUUAUCAUGCUCAACAUCAUCACGAACGAGCAUCUUCCCGGCUCGCACGCACGUGUGCUCGAAGCUAACGUAGACAUCGGCGUGCUCAUGAGCUGCAUACAGGAGUCUAUGCCCGCCAUCUGGGCCAAGAUCGAUGACGUUGCAGAGACCGCCGCAACAACCAGCUAUCGGGGCCAUAUCUCAGUCUCUAAAGCGCGCCUGCCCACGGUCUCGCUAGCCACGACGGCCUGGUUCAUGUCUUGCUUCGUCGGCAACCUACCCAUCGAGACUGUCCUCCGCGUCUGGGACUCGUUCUUCUACGAGGGCUCCAAGACACUCUUCCGCAUCGCGCUCGCGGUCUUUAAGAUGGGCGAAUUGGACAUACGCGCUGUGAACGACCAUAUGGAGAUCUUCCAGGUCGUUCAAAAUAUUCCGCGACGGCUGAUCGAUGCGAAUGCGCUCAUGGAGACGUGCUUUAAGCGGAGAAACGGAUUUGGGCAUCUGAGCCAGGAGAUUAUUGAUAUGAGGAGAGCGGAUAGGAGAAGAGCGCAUAAGGAGGAUGUUGCGAGGCUGAAUGGCGCCACGACGAUGCCUAUGUCGGUAGAGAAGCCGAGUGGGACGAGGAGGGCCGCGUCGAGAGCGAGAUUCAAGAGGGGGAUAUCCAGGCGGAGGCCGACGGAGGCCUAA